GGAAGGAGAGGUUCAUCCAUCUCUCUUCCUGAAACCACAGAGGAAUGCUUCUCAAUGGCAUCACUUCCACUCCUUCACCUUCAUCCAUUCGCCUUCUCAGAUCUCAAAACUACAAUUACAAGCUCAAACUCACAGUUUCUGCUACUUCCGCUUCUCAAAUCCCAACUUCAGGAAACAAAUUGGAAUUCUCAAUCUCCGAAGAAGAAUUAAAAACCCGAGGCUUCCUCCUUAAGCACUCUAUGGAAGGCCUCAACUUGGACCACCUCAAUACGGUAUUUGUGGCAGUCGGAUUUCCUCGGCGAAACACAGAGAAGAUUCGAGUGGCGUUGAAGAACACAGAUACUGUAUUGUGGGUGGAAUACUCCAAGACGCAGAAACCCGUGGCGUUUGCAAGGGCAACCGGGGACGGUGUCUUCAACGCUAUCAUAUGGGAUGUGGUGGUGGAUCCGUCGUUCCAGGGGAUAGGGUUAGGGAAGGCGGUGAUGGAGAGACUGCUGGAAGAGUUGUUGCAGAAGGGCAUCACUAACAUUGCCUUGUAUUCGGAGCCUAGGGUUUUGGGGUUUUACAGACCCUUGGGUUUCGCCGCCGAUCCUGACGGGAUCCGUGGCAUGGUGUACUCUCGGAAACAGAAGCGUAACUAAUAUAUACAAUCUGUACGUAU